AUGACUGAAAAACAAGAUCAACGAAUUUGCAUCAAAUUUUGUUUUCAACUCGGAAAAACGAGUUCGGAAACUAUUCAGAUGAUGCAGAAGGCCUUUGGGAAUGAGUGUAUGAGCAAAACACGAAUAAAAGAGUGGUAUAAUCGUUUCAAAGGAGGCCGCACUUCUGUUGAUAGUGAAUCUCGUUCUGGCCGACCUUCGACGACAAAAACAUUGGAUAAUAUUGAGCGGGUGCGACUUGCGAUCGAACAAGAUCGUCGUAUGACUGUGCGGGAACUAGAAGAAGAACUUGGAAUACCAAAAACUAUAAUUUGGGAAAUUUUAACCUCAAAUUUACAAAUGACACGCGUGUGUGCGAAGUUCAUUCCGAAAUUGCUCAGAGCAGAGCAAAAAAAGCUUCGCUUAGAAAUCGCUCAGGACAACUUAGAAAUGGUCAAUAACGAUGAUACUGUACUUAAAAAGGUUAUUACUGGUGAUGAAUCAUGGGUUUACGGUUACGAACUAAACAACAAUCUUCACAAUUUACGUGAGGAAAAAUUAAUAAAUAAACUUUUAGGAAAAUUUUAUAUCCAUAGUUCGAAAUGUUCUUUUAAAUUUUAUUUCUCCACUAUUCCGAUCUAUUCCACCUUGUCUAAGAUCGUACAGGGCCAAUCCCUGGUCAAAGAGAUUAAGUUCCUUGACCUAAAAGAAAACCGACGGAUGCACAAUCACGGAUUGGGUAAUAGCGUACCGAUGUUGACCCAUAUCUAA